AUGAACAAGUUCUUGGCCAAGGCAACCAUCCUCCUCGGUGCGUCUGAGGCGGUGCGAGCAGCCUGCACAAACCCAUCUGUCCGAAAGUCUUGGUCCGCCUUGUCUGACGACGAGAAGACGUCGUACAUCAGCUCCACGCUUUGCUUGAUGGACCCAGCUCAAGCUCCCGCCAAGACGGGGUACGCGGGCUCUACGACUGUCUGGGAAGAACUUCAAGCUGCCCAUGUGUCUCAAGCCCAGUUUAUCCACUCUGUCGGGGCUUUCCUGCCGUGGCACCGUUGGUACAUGACUGUACAAGAGACCUUCCUCCGAAACGAGUGUGGCUACAAUGGACCAAUGCCGUACUGGGACGAGCAAGCAGAACAGGCCGUAGGCCCGCUCGAGAACGCCAGCAUCCUCAACGGCAGCGCCACAGCCGGCUUCGGCUCCACCGCUCUUGACGCCAACGGCUGCGUCACCGACGGCCCUUACACCGACAUGAGGCUGACGCUCGAUACCGAGCUCAACCGCGUGGACCCCGUGUGUCUGAGCCGCGACUUCAAGCAGAACCAGUACGAACAGACGGCCCAGAAGAUCAUCGACGCCUGCAUGGCCUUGGACAACUACGUGGACUUCAACAACUGCCUGGGCGCCUCCCCUCACACCGGCGGACAUUACGCCAUCGGCGGUACCAUGGAUGACCCCUCGCUUUCUCCUGCCGACCCGCUGUUCUUCCUUCACCACACCAACCUGGACCGGAUCUGGUGGCAGUGGCAGGUCCAGAACGAGUCACGCUUGACCGACAUUGGCGGCAACAACGUCGCUGAGGGGUUCUUCUGGUCCAGCGUCCAGCCUUCCUCUCUCGGUGUUAAUGCUUUCCUGCCCUACUUCAACGACGACGGCAACACCACUACGCUUGACCACAACUUGUGGAUGGCCGGCAUUGCUGAGAAUAUCACUAUUGCUGAGGUCAUGGAUGUCAACAGCGAUGCCAUCUGUAUUGAAUACCAAUGA